AGCGCUGAGGGCGCACUUUAUCCCUGGUACCUAAACACAGCUAAGCCGUGGAGUUUUCGCUCCGUGGGUCUGAUGCUGAUGGAAUAGUGAGCAUCUGCUUUCACUUCGGAUAUUUUCUUGUGCAGGAGAAUCUAAACAAAGCGGGUGUUACCAUGACAACAGACGAGGCAGAAAGUCACAAGAAGCCGGGGCAGCAGGAGGAAUCUGGCCAGGAUGCUCGGCCUCCCUCUCCAGAGGAUGAGCAGCUCCGGCCUCGAAACCGCAACUCUGCUGGUCGUGGCCUCUCACGCCUCUUCUCCUCCUUCCUGAAAAGACGUUCGCAGUGUGAGAGUGAGGGGGGAGAGAAGGGGAACAAGGAAGAAGAAGAAGCCAAAGCCCCCAUUGCUGACCCUGAACCAGAACUGAGAACAGAAGGAGAGGUUGCUCUGGACCAGCACUCAGUAAGCAGCGCCGAGGUUCAGGCUGUCCAGGUCGAGAAGAAAGAAGCUGAGGAGGAGCCAGCUGGAAAGGAGAGGGUGAACGAGGAGAAGGGCGAAGAGGUGGCCCUUGAGAAGGACGAGGAAAAAGACAAGGGGAAGGAGGAGGAGAAGGACUCUGGUCUUGAAGGAGGAAGUACAGGAGAAAAGGAGGAGAAGACGACAGAAGAAGACGUCAAAGCCUCCAGAGCUCCACGCCGACCCAAGACCAUGCAAGUUAAAAUCACCCUGCUGGAUGACACUCUCUUUGAGUGUGAGUUGGAUAAACAUGCCAAAGGCCAAGAGCUGUUCAUGAGAGUGUGUGACCAUCUCAAUCUGCUGGAGAAAGACUAUUAUGGCCUGACCAUCUGGGAAUCGACCACCAUGAAGACUUGGAUGGACUUGACCAAGGAGAUCCGCAGGCAGGUGCAAGGUGCCAACUAUAAUUUCACUUUCAAUGUAAAAUUCUAUCCACCGGACCCAGCCCAGCUCUCAGAAGACAUAACAAGGUACUACCUGUGUCUCCAGCUACGGAAAGACAUCCUGCAGGGCCGCCUUCCCUGUUCCUUUGUUACCCUGGCUCUGCUGGGCUCCUAUGCCCUGCAGUCAGAGCUAGGCGAGUACGACCCUGAGGUGCAUGGCAAAGAGUAUGCGAAGGACAUGAAAAUGGCCCAGGGUCAAACCAAGGAGCUGGAGGACAAGAUGAUGGAGCUGCACCGUACAUAUAGGUCAAUGAAUCCAGCCCAGGCAGACCUGAUGUUCCUGGAGAAUGCCAAGAAACUCUCCAUGUAUGGAGUGGACCUUCACCAAGCAAAGGAUCUGGAUGGUGUUGACAUCAUGCUUGGGGUUUGCUCUAGUGGCCUGAUGGUUUACAAAGACAAACUGAGGAUCAACCGUUUUCCCUGGCCCAAAGUCCUCAAGGUCUCUUACAAGCGGAGCAGCUUCUUCAUUAAAAUCCGACCAUCUGAGGUGGAACAGUAUGAGAGUGCAAUUGGUUUCAAGCUACCCAAUUACAAGGCUGCGAAGAAGCUGUGGAAAGUGUGUGUAGAACAUCACACCUUCUUCAGGCUUACUUCUACUGAGAUGGUCACCACUCCUAGGAAGUUCCUGGCACUGGGCUCUAAGUUUCGGUACAGUGGUCGGACUCAGGCUCAGACCAGACAGGCAAGCUCUCUGAUUGACAGACCAGCUCCUCUGUUCCAGCGCUCCUCCAGCAAAAGGAACUCACGCAGCCUUGAUGGAGCAAUGGUGUCUACUCCUGACAACAAAUCCACCCGUCCAGUCAGUGCUCCUGUCAUGUCACCGGUAUCUCCUGGGGAGGCAGCCCCGUCACCAUUGCUAUCCGCACUGCCUCGCCAUGACCACCAUGAUGGCUCCACACCUAAAGGGCACCGCUGUGCAGACAGGAAGGCAGACUUAAAGGUGGAAUGUCUGCUAGCUGAGUACACCAAGAGCCACAGCCCAAAACCAGGGUUCACUCCAGAUAUCAAGACAGUGGCCAGGAGAGAGCGGAAGCACUCCCCCUCUUUGGCCAUCACCAAUGGGGAAAGAGAGAGAAAAAGCCAGCACUCUCUUCAGGACAAAAAGAUGGAGAUGGUGCGAGUGAGGAAGAAGAGAGCUAAGAAACUUGAGGGUGAAACUAUUUAUAUCAGACAUAGCAAUUUAAUGUUGGAGGACCUGGAUAAGACUCAAACAGAGAUCAUGCGUCACCAUACCAGCAUCAGUGAGCUGAAGAGGAGUUUUAUGGAGUCAGUACCAGAGCCACGGCCCAGUGAGUGGGACAAGCGUCUUUCCACCAACUCACCUUUUCGCACAGUGAGCAUCAACGGCCAGCUUCAACCAGCGUCUCCGGUGCAAAAGACCCAGACAAUCACCAUCUCAGACAUCACCAACUCCCUCAGAGGAACUGUGACCUACAAGGACAUCCCCUUAGUUCACACUGAAACCAAGACCAUCACAUACGAGUCAGCACAGCCGGUGGACAGCCUGGCAGAGAGGGAGUCAGGAGUUCUGCUCAGUGCCCAGACCAUCACCUCCGAGACCAUCAGCACCACCACUACCACCCAGAUCACCAAGACGGUGAAAGGAGGGAUCUCUGAGACUCGCAUUGAAAAGAGAAUCGUCAUCACUGGAGACACUGAAAUUGAUCAUGACAAGGCUUUGGCUCAGGCCAUUAAAGAGGCGAAAGAACAACAUCCAGAUAUGUCUGUUACCAAAGUGGUUGUGCACCAGGAAACAGAGAUCACCCCAGAGUAGGAUUUACUGUUCCUUCUGAAGGCCUCUCAGCUGCCCCCCUCUUCCUCCUUAAUGUGUCUCCAUCACAGCAUUUACCUCAGCACCCCCAACCACCAAGCUGUCCUGCCUUCAUGAUGAAGCACCAGACCACACCAGAGGGAACAAGCUUCAACGUUGAACAUGAACUUUAACCUCUAUGAGUGUGAAGUUUGGCCUGAAGGAGUCACCAGAAAAUUCCUGAGAUCCCACUCAGUAUUCCCCACAAUCCCCAACUUGUUCCAUUUACUGCUAAAAGAGCAACUGCUGGAAUUACAAAUAACAGAUCUUUUUUAAAGAGGAAAAAAAAUAAAGUACAGCAUUUGUGGAUAUAUUUAUUCUCCAAUUUGUGUGGAGAUUUUAAGAAAAUAAUGAGGGCAUUUGGUCUUUUAAACUUGAGAUUACUGGUACUUUAUUUUUCUACAGCUUUUCUUACCAUCAGAAUUGGUUACCAAUAACUUGGAAGUCAAGUGUUUUUUUAACAAUGUGUUCCAAACUUCCUUGACAAAGGGAUUGUGGGUGAUUUUACGUGAAAUUUUACAUGUCGGGACUCAAGAAUCCCUCUAAAAUUUCAGUGCAAGUUUGGUGUCAUUUCUUGUACAGUAAAUACUUUAUUUUCCCUCUCAAUGUUACAAAAAAUAUUUUUUCAAUUUCUGUAUAAAAAUGUGAUUUUAUCAGAGCAGGGGGGGUGACUUCUUUCACCUUAUUUAAAGUUUUGACUGAUCGUUUGUAAAGUGAUCUUUACAUCUUUUGGUUGUUUUUGUUGUUGUAGUGCUUUUCACUGAAACUGACGGCUGUACUACGAAGCCAGAUCAGUGGGUCAGCGGGGAUUUUUGGGCCUAAAGUCAGAGGUUUCAGUGUAGUGAAGGUGGCUCUCUUUCAGCCUGCUAAAUCUCCAUGGUAUCAGAUGCUGUGAAGCUGAUCUGGUCCAGAUCAGAUCAUGUUCAGAAUUUAGAUUUAAAUCGGCUGGAAGAAGUAUCUCCAUUUUAUCCACAUCGUUUCCUUACGAUUCUUUAUGAGCGAUACAGAUUGGUUACAGUAUGGCCAACUGUAUGAAUCUCACAUUGCCAUGGAAACCUGAAAUGUAUUCAGCUGGUGACGCAGAAAUCACAGAUUUUUUUAAAUCUCUAUUUAUGUUUGGUCCUCAUUUGCUGUCAAGUCUAUUUACACUAUUGGUACAGCAGCUGAUGGAACAGAUUAGAUGAUCGAUUAUAUUAUUGGUAUUUAUGACAGAGAUCAUGCCAUCAGUAACAUUUUCAGUUUGAUUUGGCCAAAAAUUUAAGUGAUAUCCUGCAUUAUGGGACAGAGUCUGAAAUAAAUGCACUUCAAUACAACAUCAUGUUUGAAAAUAUGAAGUUUAACAGCUCUAAUGUGCAGCUGUUAGAAAUAGUCAGCUGCAUUGAUCGAUAAAAACAAAUGAUUAACAGUUUUCUACCAGCAUUUGCUGUAGCAGUGUUUUUUUCAUCAUAAAUUUUAGAAUUCUCGUAGUUCUUCAUUAAAGCAGGCUGUUGACUGAAGCAGGCCAGACAUGAUUGGUCCAGUUUGUGCAGAAGAAAAGUCACAUGAUGCAUUUAACUUUCGUGUGAAGGCACACAGAGUUUGAAGCAGAAAGUCUGAGUUAACAAAGAAAGUUGAUAACCACCUUCUGAUACCUGUUAUCUCUGACUGGGUUUUUAGUUCUGGUCAAGCCAACUUACACAGAAAGCCUAGCUGUGUAGAACUUGCUUCGAGGUACAGCUCUCUGGUCGUUAUCAGGAUAACAGAGACUGCAGUGUACUGAAAUGACCUUUUCUUUAUUUAUUCCCGCCUCAGUAUUCUUUUUGGGUGUUUUGUGUUUUAGAUUUACUUAGCACAGUAAGUGACUUCAUGAUUUGUAUGAAGAGCAUUCAAGUCAUCUGAUAAAGUUUUAGACAUUUCUACGGAGCAUGACAUCAGCAUCUACAGUGUCUCUCUCAUUUCUAGUUUUAUUCCAAAUGGGCAGUGUGUACUUACUGAGAAAGAUGGAACGCCAAUGUGAAAGGAUUCAGACAUUCUAGAAGGUAAAGUUCCACCUUCUUGCCAUAAAAUAAAGAGAUAAACACAGGUUGAGAGCUACCACAUUAAACUGCAAAAAGCUUUGAACUGUAUUGUCUCAAGGUCCUUGAACCUUAAAAAUACGACCCACUUUGUAAAGAAAAACAAAACAAAAAAAACAUCAUUCCCUAGCAGCCUUUUCUGACAUAAAUACAAUAUUUACAUUUUUUAAAUCAAAUUUAACUGUGAAAAUGAAUCUUGGUCAUCUUUGAUCUCAGGAAUUAGCUGUACCAUUAGAGGUUUUCACUCACAGACAGGGCUGUAGUAGUGAAAGAAGCCUACCUAUAAAUGAUCUUAUCGUGGCUGCUGUAUCGCAAGACCAACAGAGGUCAUGAUGAUGGAAAGCUGGCCUACCUGCCUCACUCAAAAUUAGUCUUGGAUAAACAUGUAAACAGCAUACAACAAUAAAUUACAUAAUAUACAAUGUUUAAAAGUUGUGAGAUGCCAGGGCUGGUUCUGAAACAAUCCUCUUUUCCCUUUUCAGGUUUUAUUAUUCACAUUUUAUAUUUUAGUUAGUUUUUUAUUUUUAUUUUCUAUUUAUUCAUGUUCCUACCUUCACUGAUCCAUUCUGAGCUUCUCCAUCUCUUCGGUAUACUCUUCCCUUACAUCUUUAUUCACUUUAAUGUUCUUUAUAAAAAUUUCAGUUUUAAAAGUCCUGUAGAACAGUCAGGAGUAGUCAUAUUUUUUUUGUUUCAGUGUUACAGUAGAUGUGGAUUGGGUUGUGGAAAAACAGGUUGUGAGCUGUGGAGUUACUGGAAAGUCAGCCUAAACUACCUAUCAGCUGAUGAGUUGUGCAGUUAUAAUGCUGAGUAAAAACAACUUGAGGACCUGACUGAAGACCUCUUAACUAAGUUCUUAUUUUGGAAUCUUUCAUUUAAAACGUGACUUGUUCUUUAUUACGUUUUUAUGGUUCAUUUUUUUUAACCUGCUAAAUAGAUACCAUAUUUUCCCACGACAUUAAACUGGUAAUCCAAAAGUACUGUAAUUAGCACUAUGAAAGCUGUGUAGUGAUGAAUGCAAUGUCACAUUUUUAGAGGAGGUUUAUUUUAUAUUCAGUGGAAUGAAGUAAAAAGGGGAGAAGACACAGGAGUGAUGGAGAAACUCAGUAUGCACAGAAAAAUCUAAAGCAAGUGUGACUGAUCUAAAGAAAAACAUGAAGAAGGCAAACAGACAGAAAGGGGUUCACAACCAGCCCAGGACAAAAAACUGAAAAGGUCUAACAAUUUGUCAAGACACAAUCUGAACUGGAACAUGUACAAGACUUAACAUUGGAAGUUGCUGACAGAUAGCUUACAUGCGUCUGUGUUGAACAGAUAUAGCCCUACAUUUUGCUUUUUGUGGUGAAUCUCUUUUUUUGAAGAUGUUUUUGUCUAGCUAUAUCCUUUGGAAAUUUCAGUGCUAUAGUUCACUUUAUAUUUUUGUAGCAAGGGUGCUGACAGUAUAGCUGAAUAAAAUGUAUGUAACAGGUAUAUCAUGAUCAUUUUCAAAUGAUUAAUCUAGCCUUGUUAGUCUAAAAAUUAGUAUAUUACAAAUUCAAUGGUUGUUGCUGAUAAUUUAACAAUAAAUACAUCUAGGUAACCAAAGUUACCCUCUUCAGUACACACUGCCCACUCAAUUCGGACAUAGACCACUAUCACUAUGGCAUACAUUGUUUAUAUUUUGAUUUUCAAAAAUUAUACUUUUAUUUUUCCAUCAUAUCCUGUACUGUCCUCCCAACAUGUGUUCUGUGUUCUUUCACUGUGCUGUCAUCUUCAUUGUGGCACUCCUUUGUCUCUUCAUGAACAUGCAAACUAGCAUUUCUAAGUUCUUUCUUAAUUGUGAACCCUUACUUCACCAUCAUGGGAAGACAUGUAAAGAGCCCCAUGCACAGAAUAAACACUAAUGUAGACAUGCA